CCCUCCCUCCCUCCCUCCUUCUCUUCUUGCCUUCCUUUGCUUUGCUUGCCUCCUUCCUUCCCUCCGCGAUGGCGAGCCUGGCCGUGGACCUGGACCAGCACCGCCUGGCCCUCAUGGCCGCCAAGGGCGACGUGGUCAGCGGGAGCGCGGCCGCCAACUGGGCCCUCUUCACCUACGAAAAAGCCAACGUCCUCAAGCUCCUGGACUCAGGAGCCGGCGGCCCAGACGAACUGGCCAAGCGCUUCCAGAUUGGUGCCAUCAUGUACGGAUUGUGCCGCCUGCCGGAUAGCGCCACAGGACAGCAGCACAUCGUCCUCAUCAGCUGGGUUGGCGAGAGGGUCUCGGACCAGCGCCGCCAAGCUUGUGCCGGGCACCUGCCUGCCAUCCGUACCUUCUUUAAGGAAGCCAACUUGGUGCUGAAAGCCAGCCAGGCCGAGGAGGUGACGCAAGAUGGGUUGGCACAAAGGCUGUCCCGGGCUGCUCCAUCAUCGGGCACUUCCAGCAAGAAGGAGUCCCUCGGGGACCCAGAGGAGCAGGUGGGCACCAACUACAAGAAGACAAAUCCAGCCCUGGAGAUCCUGAACACCAAGCGGAGCUCCUUUUGGGCUCAGGCCGAGAGGGAAGAGGAGGAGCGGCGAGAGGAGGAGCGGAGGAGGGCCCGGGAGGAGCGCCGGCGCUGGGAGAGGGAGCGCAUGGAGGAGGAGCGACGCCAGGCGGCCGAGAGGGAGCGGCGCAUCCAGGAGAAGGAGCAGCUCAUCCAGGAGCAGAGGAAGCUGCAGGCAGAGAAAGAAGCAGAGGAGCGCCGGAGCGAAGAGGCCCGAAGGCAGCAGCAACGGGAACAAGCCAAGGCGCCUCCGAAAGCAGGACUUCAGAAACACACCAAUGAAAAGGAAGCCGCCACAACGCAAGAGGUUCCUGCCUUGACUCCGCAUCAUGCACACAGUCCCCGGGGCUUCUUCCAGCAGCGGGAGCGAUCGGGCUCUGCCUCGGAGCGGCCAUCUUCUCCGGGGGGUCAGCCAGGAGCACCACGAAGACCUUUCCUCCGCUACCAGCGCAGCCUGACGGAAUCGGCCUACAUCUUCCAGCGGCCGGACCCCCUCCGAAGCCCCUCUUCCCCAUUGGGUGGCUUCCUGCCCUCUGGAUCUCCCCAUGGGGCAGCCCCCCACCCUAGCCCUCGCCAAUCCAAGCCCUCUCCACCCCCCAUUAGCCCCAAACCUGGGCCAGGAGCCCUCUCCCCCCUCCCGGACCCCAAAGGAAGGACCCCUCCCAUUCCCAGUGUCAGGACCUCCGGUGGGGAUGCCUCGGCCACUAGCCUCCAGGAUUUGACACUGUGUGGCUCUCCUGGAGGGGGUCCCGCCAGCACCCCUUCCCCAGAACUGGGUAGCUCGCCCCCUCCUGCAAAAGCCAGGAGUCCCCCCUCGCCUUGCAGAGCUGUUGGCAGCCCUCCUUCCCCUGGCCCCACCCUCUCUGACCCACUUGGGGCCUGCCCAGAGGAGACCCUGCCCCAUAUUGAGUCCGCAGACCCCUCCCCUCAGAGCCCAAGCUGUUGUGGGGGUCCCAGCCAAGCAGAGGAGGAAGGGGGCCAAUCCAGGAGCUGCUCAGCUGUGUCGCCCCCCACAAAUGGCUUUCUGCAGGAAGAGGGUCUUGCAACAGUAGAUGACCCCCCAAUUCGACCUGGUCAAGCCGAAUUGGUCGCAUCCUCACAGAAAGGGACGGGAUCCAUGGAAGAAGAGGUGAAGUGUCCCAAAGGUCACGGAUUGGACACGGGAGUCCAGGUGGACUCACCUGCUGGCGCCAACCUCCCUGGAACAGUGCUUGAAGACCCUACGGCAGGUGAGGGGACACAAAAUGGGGAGCGUUCCCCCUCCGUGGAAGCCCCCAAAUACGACGUGGACCGAAAAUGGCAGGAAGCAGAGGCCUGACUGCUCUUCCUGCCGACGCAUGGCUCGCUCCGACACUAUUCCAGGUUGCUUCUGCUUUGGGGAGCCCCUCCCUACAACAGUGCACUUCUCACCCAUCUCCACUUGCAGCCCCCCCCCCCAGCAAAUAAAGCUUCAACAGGG